GCUGAACGUUUCAUGUUACUUGUAUAAGGCAGGACUUCACCUCGUGACUCCCUCAACUGUUUUCUGUCCACCUUUCCCUCCUGCUGGAGCGAACAACAAGUGAACAUGACGAGGGUCUGGCUUCUGCUCAGCUUCGUGUCCUUAACUUCAGCUUUUUACUUGACUAAACGAGACGAGUUUCAUUUCAAAUUAUGGAUGGCACAGUACAACAAAGCGUACGACUUCGAGGAGUAUUACCAAAGACUACAAAUAUUCACAGAAAACAAGAGGAGGAUUGACAAACAUAAUGAGGGGAAUCACUCUUUCACAAUGGGACUCAACCAGUUUUCGGACAUGACGUUCAAAGAGUUCCGAAUGUCUUUCCUCUUGUCUGAGCCACAGAACUGCUCUGCCACUAAGGGGAACUAUGUCAGCAGUAAUGGACCACAUCCAGACUCAAUUGAUUGGAGAGAGAAGGGAGAUUAUAUAACACCAGUAAAGAAUCAGGGGGCCUGUGGAAGUUGCUGGACUUUUUCCACAACUGGCUGUUUGGAGUCCGUUACUGCUAUCUCCACUGGGAAGCUUGUUCCUCUGUCAGAACAGCAGCUGGUAGACUGCGCCCAGGAUUUCAACAACCAUGGAUGUAAUGGCGGUCUUCCCAGUCAAGCAUUUGAGUACAUCAUGUACAACAAGGGGCUGAUGACAGAGAAGGAUUACCCAUACACAUCUGUGGAGGGUCUAUGUGUUUAUAAGCCACCCAUGGCUGCUGCUUUUGUGAAGGAAGUGAGGAACAUAACAGCGUACGACGAGAUGGGAAUGGUUGAUGCUGUCGGCACUCUCAAUCCUGUUAGUUUUGCCUUUGAGGUAACCGAAGACUUCAUCCAUUACCACCAGGGUGUGUAUACCAGCACUAAAUGCCACAACACAACAGAUAAGGUGAAUCAUGCUGUGCUAGCUGUUGGCUAUGGACAAGAGAACGGUACCCCCUACUGGAUAGUGAAGAACUCAUGGGGACCUAAUUGGGGCAUAGACGGGUACUUCCGUAUUGAAAGAGGAAAGAAUAUGUGUGGACUCGCUGCCUGCUCAUCUUUUCCGGUGGUGUGAUCUUAUUUCAUGGCAUGUCUCACAAAAUGACAUGUCUCACAAAAUAAAAGCACAAUGAGCAAAUUUUUUAACUAUAGCAAUAAAAUGCAUUCUCUAUAUUUGACUGAAGAGUUUUAAUCUCUGUGAAGCCAUUAUUAUGUGAUGGAUUGAAUCAUAUUUAGAUUUAUGGGUAAUUGUGAUAACUGAGAUAAUUACAUUGUUGUUUAAUCUUUCAUGCAUCAAAUUUAAAAAUAAAAUAUUUUAAACUUU